AUGUCCGCUGAGUUCCCUGCUAUUCAGCCGGGUGGUUCCCUCAUUGUUGCGUGGCAGGUGAGGGACAAGCGUGUGCUGGUCGUCGGUGGUGGUGAGGUAGCUGCUGGCCGGAUUGUGCAUGCACUAAAUGCGGACGCCAAGGUCACUGUCGUCUGUCCAAAGUCGUGCCUGAACGACGAAGUGGCAUUUCGCGUGGCGGAACAGCAGGUCGGCCAUGUCGAUCGAAAGUUCCAAACGGAAGACUUAGUCGGCAUCGACAUGGUCUUUGUGGCUGUCGAUGAUCCCGAGGCUUCUACUCAGAUUUGGAAGCUGUGCAGGGAACAGCGCAUUCCUGCAAACAUUGCGGAUGUGCCAUCAGAAUGUGACUUCUACUUUGGCAGCGUGCACCGCGAUGGGCCACUGCAGGUGAUGGUCAGCACUAACGGAAAUGGACCUAAACUAGCCAGCAUCAUAAGGAAGAAGAUCGCAGCAAGUCUUCCUGACAAUACCGGUGCAGCCAUCCAGAACGUAGGACUGCUGCGCAAGAAACUGAGAGUAGCUGCUCCAACUCCCAAUGAAGGGCCAAAGAGGAUGAGUUGGAUAUCUCGAAUCUGUGAAUCCUGGAGCUUAGAUGAACUCGUUAACAUGACUGAAGAUGACAUGGAAAACUUGCUUCAGCAUUAUAAUUCUGGAAAUAUCCCGACCUUUGAACAGGUCCGGCUGAAGCAAGGCGACAGCGUUGCCCCUUUUGAUGGGAGCAUGGGCUGGAGCUCAUGA